UUACCGUCAUCAUCAACACUUUCGCCAACAAUCACGACGCUGCAGCCGUUGCGUUGGAUCAAUGUUUCGCGGCAUUCACCCUCAUUCGGAGUAAAAAUGAACUGUAAUGAGAAAACAUAUGAAACUAUGGAAAUAAUGGGUAAAGCACCAUCGUUUACUAAUUUUUACGAGCCACCAUCAACAAGCUAUGACUGCAAUGAAGCAGUAACUGCUGCGGCGAGUUACAUCCAGGAUAAAUUACCCUUGACAAAUACGCGUAGAUGUUACAUCGAAAUGCAGUCAGGGCACAGGCUGGAGAUACUGGCUCGAAAUGGCGUCGUACCAAAGCCGAUCGCCCAGAUAAGUAGCAUUGAACAGGCAAUCGCUAACGCACCGGCGCCAAUUUAUUUGCGGCCGAACGAACUGUGCUUUGAUGAUGUAGCCGAUAGCGGCGAAAUACUCAGUGAAUUUUUCAUGCCCUCGAGUUUCACCAUGCAGCCAGUGAAAAGUAUCAUGGAGCCUGCCAUUCCACCAGCAACAGCCGCUCAGAUAUCUAGCGCAGAGCCACCGACGUUUACACAGCUUUAUAACUUUUAUGAACAUUAUGAUCACAAGGAUGCAUGUUCGACAUAUGGCAAUGAGAAUCAAAUUAGCAAAUGCGAGACUGACAUUAAGACGUGUAGGCUUUUUUUCAAUUACUGCACUUAA